AUGCCUAAUUUAACAAUUUCAUAUAUGGAAGCUUUGAGGUUUCUUUAACAAAAAAUUGGAACUAAAUGUUCAAUUAAGUUCAAAACUGGGUAGUUAAAUUAUUAAUUACUUUCAAUAGGCUUUCAUUAUACCUAUUCAUAAUUAACUGAUUAUAAAUAAGAUGAAUUGGAUUCUAAUAAUUUUGCUUAUUCGAAUCAAUUGUCCAUUCAAAAGAUUAUAACAAAAAUGAAUUUGUUCUUUAAAGAUGAUAUCAAUUAGUUAUUCUGGUUAAUCAAAUGA